AUGAAUUUUAUAAUAGCUAUUACUAUAGUCGCUUGUAUACUAUCAACUGUUAUAUCAAGUCCUGAUUGUCCGAUCAACAAUCUAUGGGUAGCGCCGCCAGAUUAUGCCGGACUCAAAGCUAAAUUCCAAUCCGAAUCGGUUGACCAAUUGUUUCACUGUAUUAAUAAAGAUAUUGCUAAAGAAUGUAAGCAAACCAAUGCCGAGAGUCGUACCUACAAUCGGGAGGGACUGGUGUUUAUGGCCGAUCGUUUGGCCAAAUCAUGCGACUAUAAUCGCCAGUUUAAUCGACAGAUAUUGGCUGCCAUUAAAGCUAAUGUAACCGAUAAAAGUAAACGACAUGAGCUGAUCCAAGCCCAGGCCCAAUGGCAUUAUUAUUGGUCCGAUUAUUUUGGUAAAAUAUUGUACAGGCAACAAGAUUGUUCGAUGAAACAGUUGGGUUACAGUGAGGAUUUGGGAGAAUUGCAGAAACAAUUCGUGGAUAAACGUAACCAAAUUUUGGCAACGCUAGCUAAUUGGGUGGAUCAGGAUAAACAAAACAAUGAUUGGCAGAUUUGGCAGUCAUUUAAUGAAAAGGCUCUCGAUGACAAUAAAGUCGAUUAUGAAAACGUUGACAAAAUUGUGGCCAAUUUGACGCCCGAAGCGAUUAAAGUGAAAACAAUGCAGAAUCUUGUCUACGAAGUAGACAUUUAUAGCCGCGUGAAAACAUUGCAGUAUCUUGUCUACGAAACAGAUAUUUUUGUCCACGAACCUGAUUGUCCGGUUAAGAAUCUAUGGGAAGCGCCGCCAAAUUAUGCCGAACUCAAAUCAAAGUUCCAGAACAAAUCGGAAGCCCAAUUGAUUCAGAGUAUUAAUCAGGAAAUUUCAAAACAAUGUAAACUAACCAAUGAUAAGAGUCGAAUCUACAAAAAAGAAGGACUGGUAUUUAUGGCCGAACGAUGGGCCCAAUCAUGCGACUAUGAGCGCCAGUUUAACGACGGAGUAUUGGACGGUAUAAAAGAAAAUGUAACACAAAGUAAGCAAUAUGAACAGAUCAAAGCCCAGGCCCAAUGGCAUUCAUAUUGGUCGGAAUAUUUGGGUAAAACAUUGUCAAGACAACAACAGUGUUCAAUGAAACAGUUGGGUUACAGUGAAAAUGUUCAAAAAUUACAGAAACAAUUACAGAAUAAACGUAACAUAGUUUUAGUAGCUUUAAAGAAAUGGAUAGAUAUGGACAAUAAAAACGAUAAUUGGACUCUGAAUGACCAAAAAGAAGAUUCUGAAGAAACUGACUCUAUUGUGUCCGAUUUGACGCCCAAUAAAAUAAAAGUGAAAACAUUGCAGAAUCUUGUCUACGAAGCAGACAUUUAUAGUCGCGGUAUUAAAAAUAUUAAAUUUUAA